UUUAAAGUUCAAACAAAUGUGAAAUAUUAACGUUUUAUUAAUUUGAAAUUUAAUUGUUUAAUAAAGAGUAUGAAUGAAUUAAAUGAAAGACAUAGAAUGGUGGACAUUGAAGAAGAAAAUAUGCUUUCAUUUCACACCGAAAUUGGGGAAAUAUGUGAUGGUGGUAACUCAAAAAUGAUGAUGUCCAUGAACAAUAUUCACUCCAAUUUAAAUCACCUCAGACAGGAUCUCGCACAACAUACUAGGAGUUUGUAUCAUUGUGAAAGACAGCAAUCUCCAAUGUCAUUAAGAUGUGGUUUUGAGGCCCACAGAUUUCGUUCUAACAAAUAUCCAAGUUCACACAGGUCUGUUUUAGAUUGCAGGAGUAGAUCUCCACUUUCAUUGCGUAGUGGGGACAUUGUAAGGAGUUCCAUUGACAUAACAAAUGCCCUUAAGUGUGAAUCAUUUAAAACACAUGAAUUACAAAUGAUUAAAGAUGUGGUUUGUCGAAAACUAAAACAUCAAUUAAGGAAAAGAUAUGAAAAAAAUAGAAAUAAGUUUAUGUUACUAAACACAAAUUAUAACAGAAUUAGUAAUAUUCAAAGAAAAAUUCCUUCUAGUGGAGAAAUUAGUGACUCUCCCAUAAGUAGCUAUGAAGAUGAUGAAAUACAAUCAAAUAAAAUUGCCACAGUCUUUAGAGGACCACAAAUCAGUCAAGUUCAUAAAUCUUUAGUGAAUACUACAAAAAAUAAUAUUCAUCUGCUGACAGAUCUUAGAAAUCCUGUUAAAAAAAACAUGUUAUUGAAUUCCCACAAAAACCAUUUAGAGGAAGUAAUGAAACCAGACUCAACUCUAGUUGGCAAUGAAGAAAGAACACUUAAAGAUGUAACAACUAAAGAAUAUCCACUUCCAUCACAAAGAUUUAUAGAAAACAUAACUGCUAAGAGGAAUAAUUUGAUUGAGAGACAUAAAAAAACAGAAGAACAGAAUUGUUGCAAAAGUGAAAAUGAUGGUAUUUUUUCAGCUAAUGAUAAUAGAAAAUGGUCCCUAAAAGAUCAAUCAAUCAACAAUGAAAAAGAAAUAACCCUUUCAAGCCCAAAAACACACUUUGAACAUUUGACAAAAGGCAUAUUUAAGAAACCAGUAAUGAUUAUGACAAAGGCUGCAGGAAAACAUGUGAAUAAAAAGGAAUUUGUGAUUUCCAAAUCUAGAAUGCAACCUUUAAGUGGAUCCAAUCAGAAAGUAAAAAAAAAAUCAUUAAAACAAAUGGAGGAUUUAAAAAUUAAUGAAGUUUCAAUGAAAUCUAGUUUUUCAAAGAGAAAAUUAUUUAUUCAAAAUGUUGAUCUGUUAAGUGUUAAAGUAGGAAGUAAUGUUGCUGAAGGAAGUCCCCAUGCUAAUGUUGGUAAUAAAGAAAAGAAUAAAGCAAGAAAACUUGUGACAACACAGUCUUGUCUGAACAGAAAUGUUUCUGAUGAGGAAGACAAUGUAUUGGGUUUAAUUAAAAAAAUUAUUCCUGCAGAACAUAUUAAUUCAACAUCUAGUAAAAUUAUUAAAACAAACUCUGCUUGUGAUGACAAAUGUAACAGUGAUAUCAGUGAUACGUUUACAGAUGAAACACUUAAUAGCACAGCUAUUGAAACAGAUUCUAGAAAAGAUAAUAUUCAAAAGAGCAGCUGGCAACAAUGGCACAAUGACAGCUCUAUACUUAAAGAUUGCAGUGUGAUUGUAAACAAACAUGCAACCACAAAUAUGGUUCAAAGGUCCAAAUGUUUGAAAACUUUUUGGGAUACUGAUAUUGAAAGUGAAAAAGAAUCUGAAACAGUUCCUGCCUGCAAAAUAUUCAAUCCCGAAAUAAAAGGUCAAUUAAAAGAUGUCACUUCAUCAACUCUUAAUAACACAAAAUAUCAAAUAAGAAAAAAUGUAGGAAACAUUUUUAAAGUGCAAGAUUUGAUAAAUAAAAGGAAUGCUAAGAAGAAAACAUUGAACAUGAAAAUAAAAGUCUCAAAUGUCAACGAAAAAAAAAUGAAGGAGAACAUUAAAAAAGCCUGCAGUGAAAUUCCACAAAAUGAUAAAGAAAAUAUAAAUAAAAAACAGAAUGAACAAAAUAAAGUAGAAUGUAUAAUAACUAAAAAGAAGAAGGAAAUUUUAUGUCCUGUCAAAGAAAAUGCUUUUAAUAAGAAACUAACUGGUGGCACUAAAAUUUCAGAAUUGAAGAGAAAUCAAUGUAGGAGAUCAAAGCGUUCUAACAGAAACUGCUCUGCAUGUGAUAAUAUUACAAAUGACACAAAACAUUCAAAAAGUUACUCUAAAAAUGGUAGAACAAAACAAAGUAAUUUAAUUACAGAAGGAAAUAAAAAAUCUCCAAGGACAAAACCAAGUCUAAAUAACUCACUUAAUACUAGUGAUAGUUUAAUCAUUUCAAGAAGAACAAGGUCAAAACAACAAAAUGCAAAUGUUAAUUCUCCAAAGGAAAAUAUUUCUCAACUUUCUGACAAUUUUAAUAUUUCUCUGCAAAGUUUAAGGCCACGGAAACUAAUCAAAUCUACAAGUACAAAACCUAUUCUUAAUAGUUAACUCAAUACAAGUGAUAGUUUAAACAUUUCAAGUAGGACAAGGUCCAAACAACAAAAUGCAAAUAUUCAUUCUCCCAAGGAAAAUACUUCUCAACAUUCUGACAAUUUUAACAUAACACUGCUUGGUGCCACGGACACUAAUACAAAGUAAUAAAUCUUUAUCGCCUAUAUUUAAUUAGGUCUACUGCUUUCUUAUUAAUUCUGAUUUUGGUUAUGAUUAUUUUAAUGUAAUUUAAAAGAUCAAAUUCCAUUUCAUUAUCAUUAUGUUACAAAAAUUAUAUAAAUGUUUAUUUACUGUAAGUAAUUAACUAGUUAUAUUUUUAUAGAAAUUAAUUUUAUUAUGUAUUAUACUUAAAUUUUAUGGACCUUUAGAUAUUAUUU